GACGUUUAAAGAAUCUCUACGUGUUUCCGGUGUCGUGGCGAUCACACACAGAGAACAGUUUCACUCCUUAGUCAGUAAAGCAGCUGAUUAACGACACAAACAUGAUUUCUUUAACGGACUCACAGAAGAUCGGGAUGGGCCUGACGGGCUUCGGCGUCUUUUUCCUCUUCUUUGGAAUGAUUCUGUUCUUUGAUAAAGCACUUCUGGCCAUAGGAAAUAUAUUAUUUGUCGCAGGUCUUUCAUUUGUUAUCGGAUUGGAAAGAACAUUCCGGUUCUUUUUCCAGCGGCAUAAAAUGAAAGCCACCGGUUUCUUUCUGGGAGGUGUUUUUGUGGUGCUCAUAGGAUGGCCGAUCGUAGGGGUCGUCCUGGAAGUCUAUGGGUUCUUCCUCCUCUUCAGGGGUUUUUUCCCAGUUGCGGUGGGCUUCAUCAGGCGGGUGCCUAUUCUAGGAUCUUUACUGAACCUUCCUGGUAUCAGUGGAUUAGUGGAUAAAGUUGGCGAGAGCAACGCCAUGGUAUAACGGUUUAGUCUUUUAGUUUUCUACGAGUGGCUCAUAUUUAUACUUGUCAAAAUUGUGCUUUUGGUUCGGCGUCUUGCUGAACGACAUGAGAUUUUUGAUACUUCUCCUGUGAAAAAAAAAAGUGUGUUGUUUUUUUCUUCCUCUGGGACUCAUUACGAAACCAAGUCAGCUGCUGUUAUUGAUACUGCGUCCUCUAGGCGGCGACAGGGACCACUGCACCCCGAAAUAAUGCUCCACUGAAGGAAUCGCUGGGUUCUGAAUGAAGUCGUUACUGUUUUUUAUUGCGCUUUUAUGUGCCAAUGGUUUGGUUUUUGCUUUUAUAAAUUGACAGAAUCUUCAAGCUAAUCUGGAUUUGUUCCCCCUACAUAAGCGCCACCUAGUGGAGCGGAGACUGUUUCAUUGCGUUCACAAGGAAAUCCAGCAGCCCGCGUGACAUGCUCUUAUAAUAAUACAUGACUGACUUGUUUAAGUAUUUGUAAAUACUUCAGAUGUGAGACUAAUGUACAUUUUUACAGACAAAGAUCCUGUUUAAUAAAUGGAUUAUAUCCUU